AUUGAAGUCUAGGUUGAAGCAGCCGGGAAUACGCGUUUCUUUUCACCCUGACGAUCACAGCUUUUUUCUUUUCUUCCUAAGCUUCGUCUCGACGGUCUACAUAUUUACCGACUAAAUUAAGGACUACCAUAGAUCCACCUCCCGAUACUGAAGAUCCGCUUCAAAAGGAAGUCAUGCUCAAUCCCGGCCGUAUAUAAGAACGAACAACGAACAUGCGAGCUGAACUCGCAAUUUCUGUUACAUUGGCCUUCGGACUGGCUGUGUUUUCUUUUGCUGCUGUAAUUUUAACUCCCGCGCUGUAUCUUCAUGAUUUCCAAUAACGCGCAGAGACAACACACCCCGCCUGGUGCUGGCACCUCGAAGCCAUUGAAGAGAGGAAAGGCUUGCUUGACAUGCAGGUUCCUUAAGAUUAGGUGCGAUGGUACUCGACCAAUAUGUGGCCCCUGUCAACGUACUCCGAAAGACGAUCCUUGCGAAUAUGCUGACGGCCCGGGAAGGUCAAGAACUCGAACGCUUGAAGAGACGGUUUCGCGAUUAGAGGCUCGUCUCCGAGAAUAUGAACAUCCCGAAGAGACACCACCGAUGGCGCUUCAUAAUCCAUACGAGCACGGUCAAAGUCAUGAAAGCGGUACAUCCAUUCAGAUAAAGAUUGACGCACCAUCCUCUUCGUAUUCCACUCAUAGUUCUCCGUCAUCCCCGUUUUCCGUAAUGUCUCCUUCGGCAAACAUCCCUAGUCCUCAUCCUGGUGGAUCAUCUGGAUCAUCGGAUAGAAAAAAUUCUGCCUCACCUGCCACCGAGCCAGGGAUUGCUCUACCUGCAACUAGACAUCUCCUCGAAUGGUUUUUUACACAUGCAUCAUCCUUCGGGUUUUUCCUCAAUGUUUCGCGUUUCACAAAUUCAGCUCUUCUCCCUUUACAUUUCGGGCACCAAUCCAGGCCAUGUCGGGGUCUUUUGAGUACCGUGUAUCUAUGGGGCAUCCACCUGUCGCCGCAAACUCAGCAUAAGGAUCUCGAACACACAUUGCUUAUGCGAGCCCUUCGAGAUACAGCCUCGGAUUUGAGCACAUCUGACCCACAUCCACAUCGAUUCAUGCAUACUAUCCAAGCCGAGACCUUGCUCGGGUACUAUUUUUUCCGUAACGGUAACAUUCUCGAAGCCAAACGUCAUACCUCUAGUGCUGCAUCGCUUGCUCUAGGCUGUAGGCUGAACAUUCUUCGGUCUUCUCAGCAACAGCAGUGGAGCUCAAAUCCGAUCUUGGCGUCUGCCCCAGUAGUCCUGGGUGGGUCGAUCAGUCUUCCUCCCCCGCAAGAUCCAAUUGAGGAAGGUGAACGCAUUAACGCGUUUUGGGCCGUGUUCACGCUCUAUCGAGAUGUUGCCGUCGCAGUGGACCCUCCUAGGUCUGUGUGCGGUGUAUUUGAUGCUCCCGGAUGCCAGAUCGAUACGCCAUGGCCGUUAGACAUGGAUAUGUAUAAAAAGAACAUCCUGCCACCUCGUAGCUCUUCAACAGUUUAUGAAUUCCUCAACCAUAUCCAACAGAGGGAGGACGAACAUCAGCUUGCAAGUACGACGAACAUGAUCACGAAAGCAUCUUUGCUUCUCCAUCAAGCUUCGUUCGUCGCUGGGCAGUAUUAUCCAAACAUGCCCGCGCGCGAUGCCCAAACCCUUUUUGCGGCGUUCCAAUCCGUACAGUACUUGAUUAAUUCCCUGCGUUCCCAACUAUCUCCGCUGGAAGAACUUGACCGUCAAAGUCGAAAUCUGUCAGCACUCCGAGAAAUACAUCUCGCUCACUCCCUGAUACACGGGUCAAUCAUACGCUUGAAUGAGACGUUCUCACAUUCGGAUGCGGAUUGCCGCCAGAGCUGCAUAAAGAGUGCGCAGGCCAUGGUUCACGGAGGUGGAUUGAAUGUAGCCGAAUUCGGAUGCGUGAAUCCUAUAAUGGGGACGCUCUGGGCUUUGGCUUGUCAAACACUCAUUCGGGAAGUUGUCCGUAUACGUUCUAUACCCUCCGGACAAACGCCAGAAUUAUGGUCAUCUUCGUCUCAGUCGUCAGAUCCAAGUUCAAUCUCCCCAUCUCACGAUCACCAUCAGCACCACUUGUACGCAGGAUCGGAGUUCGAUAGCAAAGAAGACUUACGCCCAAGACGCGAAGACUCCCUCUUAGCUUCCCUCCGACAAGGCAUUUCGGCCCUCACGUUCUUCUCUGUCAACAGUGCUCUUAUGAGUAAGUCUUUUUUGUCUACGCCCUUGUUAAAUUUUAGGUCUCUUUUCUGUGAUUGGGUUAUGAAUAUCAGAAACUUCGAAGAGGGUGUCAUCCUUGAAGCAAAGGACACAACGGACACUGGUGAUGAGUCCAUUAUAGGUUCAAAAAGCUGGUACGAUCCUCCUCCUCCUUGGGAAUACAAGGAACCAGUUUCCUUGCCCUAUCCGGUGCCCGUAUCGAUAUCAAGUCUUGCUGCUGAUGAAGGCGACAUCUCCAGUGCCUGGCGUAUUGCGGAUCAUUACCACUACAGCGAUCUGUCCGGUUCUGUAUCCAAUCUUGGGCCAAAACAAUCGUGUGAACCUUGCAUGAAAGAUGCCAUUCUGGUUCCGUUGAUUUCGACUCUCCAAGCCUCGAAACAGGACGACGGCAGAGAGCCUGAUUACAAAUAUACACCUCCGACAACGCCUGGUCUUUUCUCAAUUCUUAUACUCUCGGGCACCCCGGACUAGGACAAUGUGCGGUUGUCGCUUGAAUAGUGCUUUCACAGAAUACCCUCGUUUUAUUUGUUCUCCUUGCCGUCACCCCAUAAUGUACAUCUCUACUCACCAUAACUGACGAACUAUUUCGUGCUAUCUUAUGAAUCUUUGAACGCCAUCGGUACUAGUACUAACGAUAAAGAUGAUAACUUGUGUACAUUACGCCUGUAUACAUAACAUGUACUUUACUGGAACUCUCUAACUACAACUAAAUAUCUUACUACAUCCCAUCCUGAAAUGUAUUGAUUACUUUCCAUGACUCUCCUCCUGGUCCUUGCGUCGCACGGUAGGAAAUGUGCGAAAUGACUCCUUUCGUUGGAGUCAUGUACAUACGUUUCGAACGAAGUUCUUUGUGUAGCAAGGUGUAGCAUAUGUGUGGAAUGACUCCUUUCGUUGGAGCCAUGUAUGUACAU